AUGGUUUAUGUGGACUUCAAUCUUGAAAAAGAGCGGAAUUUGAUAACCGUGCGCAUUUUCCUGAUGUUAGAAAAGAGCGCGCAAUUUCCUGUACAAAAUUUGAAAAAAGAGUGCGCAUUUUCCUUACGUGCGCACGAGAAAAGAGUGCGCACAGCGCGCACUUUCCAGCAUGCCACAAAAAAAAAAUGAGUCACGAAGAGCAAAAACCUCACGCUCGAUAAAAUCGCCGGCGACUUGCAGACUACCGUAUCUUCGCUCUUUCAAAAACAAUCGUGGCGAGAGUAGCACAAACUCAAAUUUCAAAACGGCCAAAAUGGCAAUUAUUUAAAUAAAGGCUUUUUUUGCCGAAAAUUUUCGUUCUUUUCAUUGAAACAUUGUUUCAAUUGUCUAUGUCUUUUUUGUGAAGUUAAUUGAGCAAUCGAACAGAAAUAUCAUUGCUACACGAAAAUUUAUUUAGAGCAUUUUCUUGUGUUGAAAGUUUGCUUUUCCUUCAUUUAAAGUUCAAUAUUGAGACAGGCUAAUGCCGUGUUCAAAGUAAUUUCCGCGAAAUGCAAAAUGGUCUCUGACCCUCCAAAAAUUUAGUUAUCUUUCUCUUUCUCUGACGGCUAUUUUGAAUUUCGCGGAAUCACUUUGAACACGGCAUAAGAAAAAAAGAUUUUUAUAGAUCGAUUUUUGUCUCUAAAAAGUUUUAGAACUUAAAAAGUUUUAUAAGAGUGCUAACAGAACAUGACUUUCCACAUUUACAGAUGAGAUUUUCCAGAUAUUUCAAAAUUGCUUGGACAUUUAAUAAACGUAAUUAUCGUAAACCGCAUAAGUUUCUGUUAAAAUUAUUAUUAUUUUUCUUUUGUGUUUCAGCACACUGAAAGAAGCUUGGCUGUCAGCCAAGUUACUCCGUGUGAUCCUUUUGUUAUGAAAAGAACGAGAGAUUUUUCCAGUGAUAAGGCGGGAAACGAGGAGCAAUCCGGAUCGGUUUUUCUUCUUUUCUUCUUCAAUUUUCACUCCAUUCUGUUGAUGCGAUUUGUAUCAAGCAAUUGUUUUUCGAUUUGUCUCGGCCUCCCACUCACCCUCCAUCUUUUCUUUCAGCAACGUUACAGCGUGUGCAUGGUUUCAAAACUUUAAACUGUGCUCUCGAGGAAGUAAUGAGAAAAAUCUUUCUUUUUCUCUUUUUUUUCUGUUAUCUCUCUUUUUUUCUUUUUUUUUCUUUUUGUUUGAUUGUUUCAGCUUUCAGGAUUCUUAUUCCAGCCCAGCCAAACGUCCACUAUUAUCGUCUAGCAGUGGAUCUGACGAAGUUUCUCGUGGUCCCUCAAAAGAAACUAACUCAGCUAACAUGGAUACCGGUACGUUGCUAGUAUUUUCAAACCUGAAUGUCAAAAUAGAACAUGAGAUUUUAACUUGUGUAAAUCUACCAAUUUUUUAAAUUUUUUUUUUGACAAGGCAGAAGGUCUGCUCUGAUCUUACAAGAAUUUUUGUAAUCGUGAGUUUUUUUUUUCCAAUCAUCUUCAAAAGGUGGCCCGAUAAGCGAUGUUCUGGAUGAUUCCGAAGAAUCGGCCGGAAGUGCGAUGAGUGGAAACAGGAGAAAUUCUGGUGUUGUACCGUUGAGAGAGAAUAGAGUUCUGCCGACAGAAACAGACGAAGAACGUGUUGCGAUUCUCGAUUUCGGAGCUCAGUAUGGAAAAGUGUGUUUUCGCUUACUUGGAGUGAACUUUCAUGUUACCUUCAGGUCAUCGAUCGACGCGUCAGAGAGUUGAAAGUGCGAUCGGAGAUGUUCCCGCUCAACACAACCGCGAAACAGCUGCUUUCCCUUGGCGGAUUCAAGUUUGUAGUCUAGUUUCUUUUAUCGAUUUAAUAAAGAACGAGUUUUGGAGUAUACAUUUUUUCAGAGCUAUCAUCAUAUCAGGAGGGCCUAAUUCUGUGUACGCAGAAAAUGCGCCACAGGUCGACCCUGAAAUUUUUACUUGCGGCCUUCCGGUUCUGGGAAUUUGUUACGGAUUUCAGGUAAUUCAGUCUUCCGAAGUCACGUAGGGUAUAACUUUUUCUCUUGUGAAGCGCAUAUAUUACAAAUAAAAAAUUAUUUUUUCGUCGUAUUCACGUUCUAAAAAACUUCUACUUUCUCAUGGGGAUAAACUUAAAAAGAGACAGUUUCUGUAUGAUAGCUUCGUGGAAUUAUCAGUGGAAGUGCUGAUUUGUUUGUGAAUGAUCAAUUUAGUUGAUGAACAAACUGCAUGGCGGAAGCGUCACCCGCGAACACAUCCGAGAGGACGGACAGUGCAGAAUCCAAUUGGACACGAGCUCUCCGUUGUUUGCCGAUCUCAACCAAGAAGAACUGGUUCACAAUACCCGCUUUCGUGUCCUUAGUUCUCGCUUCUAAGGUUUUGCUCACUCACGGCGACUCUGUUUCCGUGACUACAGUAGCCCCAGGAUUCAAAGUCAUUACCAACAGUGGAAUCCAUGUCGCCGGUGAGUCUAUCACCAUCUAAUAUUACAGGAUCUUGAUUCAAGUGAAUUUUUACUUUUUAGCGCCUUUCUUUAAGCGUUCCCUGGAAGAAAAAUGUUGGUUUUUUAGCUUUGUUUUGUUGCCUUUACAGUAGACACGCGAAGAGGGAAUCAAAUCCCUUAUCUUGCUUUUAAGAAAACCUUUCCUCUUGAGAGCCACUCAACACCGCUCACAGGGAAAAGACAGGGAGGCUUCUGAGAGGAUGAAAACCAUUCUUAUAAACAUUUAUAUCCACUUAUUUAACAUGAGGAGAACGAAACGUGAUUUUUCAGCUUCGUGUGUUUGUCUAGUAAACUUUAAAUCUGGUUUUUUGAUUCUGUAAAAUAUUGGAGGAAUCAGUAGGGGAUCUUGAAAAUACCUGUUAAUGAAAACUUUAAAUAACAGUUUCGUACUUUUUAUGAUAUUUUGAACUAUUAUUUUCGUUCUUCCGAAAAAGAAUUUUCAAAUAGAAAGCUAUCGGAAGCACUUAUCGAGUAGCCUUUUCUAAAUCGAGAGAUUGCAGGAAUUUCACACGAAGAAAAAAGGCUAUACGGCGUACAGUUCCACCCAGAAGUGGAUCUAACAACAAACGGUGUGAAUAUGAUCAAAAAUUUCUUGUUUCGAAUCGCAAAUUGCACGGGAGAUUUCACGAUGCUCAGUCGCGAAAAAACGUGUAUAGAAGAGAUUUUGAAGACAGUAGGGAAGAAGAAAGUGUUGGUGAGGAUGUGAGAGAGGAAGUGAAGCUCAAGACGGAGUUGGAGGUGAUGGUGUCGGGCGGAGUUGACUCAACAGUCUGCGCGGCGCUGCUCCACAAGGCGUUGGGCGCCGAGCGCGUCACCGCCAUACACAUCGACAACGGCUUCAUGCGGUUCGAGGAGAGCGACGCCGUCGAAAAAUCCUUGAACAACAUCAACCUUCCCGUUCACAGUGAGAUUCACGGAUCAUUGUGUAUCUAAUAGAAUAAUCAUGUGACCUUUAAAUCAAAUCCUGAAAAGUGUUGACCAUAGAAAAGGCCUUCAAGAAAUUAAAAUACGCAAACAUUUUUUGUCAAAAUGUCUUUGGUCUAAAAUUGUUUUUCGUCUAAUGCUCUGGCAACUAUUAUUUUUUGUUAUUCAACUUUCUAAUGAGCCAAUGAGCUUACAAAAAUGCCGAAAAGUAUUUUUCAACUAGAUAUGUAUAAUAUAAUUCAAACAAGGGACAAGAAAUUUGAACAUACGGCUUAGAAACAUGCACCUAUCAAAAGUCCUUUUCUUUCAGGAUACGGCUGUGCUAUCAAGUUCUACACAAGCUCCGAAACGGACGACAGUCCAAGACUGGACAGCGUUAUAGACCCUGAAACGAAAAGGCGACUCAUCGGCAACGAGUUCAUUCGCGUCAAGGAUGACAUUAUGAAAGAGGUUUUGGAAGUUAAGGAAAAAUCACUCCGUUGCACAUAAAUGUCGUGCUCCAAAAACGAACUGAUUAAUAGAAUCUCUGACGAUUCGACCAGCUCGAAACAAAUUUUAUUCAUUUAUUUUUUUUGAAUUUACCAAUUUAUCGUCCGAAACAGUGUUCUCAUAACUUGAAAUAUUACUAAAUUUUCUCCUUACCGAGAGUGGCUGUUGAAACAUCGAAGUUGUGCUUUGAGUUUUUUCGGAGUUAUCAUUGUAUCGUUACACCAGGUAAAAGGACAUUUUUCAUUUCAUGAAAUCAUGUUGCUUUUUCUUCAUUUUAAAGGCAUAGUGGCAGUAAAAAACGGUGUUUCAGUUCAAAGCAGUACUUUAUAGAGUUUUUCAUUGCGAAUCGAACGGUGAACUUGGAAACGUGUUUUUAAUUUCCUAGUUUUGGAGAAAAAAUAAUUCAAAGUUGGAGAAAGGAAAGCUUUGAGUUCCCGCCAAAAGGGCCUUUGCAGUAAAGUUGCUCUAUGGACAACAGGCUUCGCCAUUUUUCGAAUUUUUGCUUUUUUCUUCGUUUCUUUCAAUUUUCAAUUUUUUCUGUUGCCACCAAAGUUCUUUUCGUCAUGUGUUUGUUCUCUGUUCUCGUUGUGUGUUUUUUGUUCGACUUAUUGUUUUUUUCAAAAAAGAAACUUUCAACUUGAAGCAGAUAUCCGGCUAUUUCUCACAAAAUGCGAGUCUAAUGAGACGUCCGCAACAUCGCGUGCACAGCUACUGUAAUCAGUUUUCUGAGCACCGAUCCAAAGCAUUUUUCAAAAUAAAAGGCGGGAAAGUAAAAUCGCGUUUUUCUUCAAAAGUAGUCACAUUUGUAUUUUUUUUAUAACACCGUUCGAUUCGCAAUGAAAAUCUAUAUAAGAUAAUGCUUUAACCUCAAAUUCCGUUUUUUACUGCCCCUAUUCCUCCAAUAAAAAAAAUAAUCAGAAAAACUGGUUGUUUUUUUAAAUGUUUUUCAUUGGUUUUAUUUUUAGCUGAAACUCAAUCAAGAUGAAUACUUCCUGGCGCAAGGAACGCUGAGGCCAGAUUUGAUCGAAAGCGCGAGUUCCCUCGCCUCGGGUCACGCAGAUACCAUCAAAACUCACCAUAACGACACGGAACUCGUUAGACAACUUCGUCGACAGGUUUCCGUUGAACUGGAAGUGUGAAACAGAGUCGGUCGUACAGGGCCGCGUGAUAGAACCGCUGAAAGACUUCCACAAAGACGAAGUUCGUGAACUGGGACGAGAGCUGGGACUUCCGGAUGAAAUCGUCAACCGCCAUCCUUUCCCUGGACCUGGAUUGGCCAUUCGCAUUCUUUGCGCUGAAGUGUGUCGAAAUUUCAGUCGAAAAAGCUCUACUCUCAGAAAGGAUAAAAUUAGAUUCCAAUUAUUUCGCUGAUUAUUUCUCGGAAAAUUGGAAAACCUGCCAAAUUUCUGAGAAUCCGCGAAUGAAUCCCAAGAAAAAUUCAUGAAGUUUUUUUUUGCGCCGAUUGAAUAGACAAUGGAGAAACUUAAGAAAUUUUUAGAGGUUUUCUUUUAAAAAAAAGAUCUAGUUGGGUGCUCUUUAACUCUCAUCUGGUAGAUAGAGAAAAGUUGUUCUGACUACUUUUAGAGAGUUUUAAAAAGAGAAAUUAACUAUUGUCAGUGGAAGUUCAUUUGUUUUUUUCAUUUUGGCAAACAACAAACAUGGCUUACUUUGAUUGAGCUUUUGCAACAGGGUGGUAAUAUUAAAGCGAUUUCGGAACGUUAUCAGGAACCCAUAACUUUUUACAGAAAGCUUUCAAAUGUGAGGACUUUGAGACAACCGAAAGGGGACUCAACGUCGUCGUCAACUUUGGACUGCCUUCAAAAGAUCAGUUUGAAGUGGACUGCCGCGAAAAAGUGUUUUUUUUAUUUUGUUUUCACGAGCUCAGUUAUUUCUCUCAGGCGAUGUCGGCUUUAUCGAUCCACGAGAAAGUGGUCCUGACGCAUCAGACUUUCGGAAUAAAAGCCACUCUUCUUCCUAUCAAAAGCGUUGGAGUCCAGGGAGAUUCGCGGUGGGUUCCGAUUUUAUGAUGAAAUGUUUAUUUUUCGCUCACAGAAAGAUCUGUGGCGUCAAAAACACGUGUAAUUAAAGAGCCUUUCGCAUUACUUUUAAACGAUGAAAUUAUCACAAACGACAGGGCGAAAUCUCUUUAAUACUUACUCAGCAGCGUAUAUACAGUUGAUGAUAACAAAUCUUUCGAUAUAUCUAGGUCGAGUUCUUUGCCAAAAUUGCUCAUGGGAAUUUACCAAAAAAGCACGCAUCACCAUCUAUUGUUCCACGAAUUUUUCUUUUUCAAAUUUUCUAGCUGAAAGUUUGUGUGAUGGAAGUUGGGCGCAGAGAUUUAGAUUUUUCACUUUCUACUUACCUUUCAGCGUUUAGAAGUAAUUUCCCUGAUUGUUCAAAAAGUUUUUUCUUCAAUGAUCGAUUCGUUCGAAUAUAUCCAAAAAUAAUCUAACAAGAUUUCUUUUUACCUCGCUCUUCAUUAUAUCAAAAACCUGGCCUCAGGUCUUAUUCGUAUGUCGCCGCUCUGUCGACAAGCCACCGACCCAUUCCCUGGACUAUCCUCUUCCAAUACGCUGCUAUCAUUCCGAAACUGUUUCACAAUAUAAAUAGGUUUAUUUUUUCGCAGAUUUUAUUUAUUUUCUUAUUUUUUAACAGAGUCGCUUACGUCUUCGGGGAUCCGGUCCGAUAUCCGGUUCAAAAUGUUACUCACACGACGUUAGCAAGAUACACAAUCGCCAAACUUCAAAAUGUAUUGAUUCUAUCCUUUUUUCUAUUUUUUCUUGAAGAGAAGAAAGUUGAACUAGUUCAUCGACUUUCUCAGAGAACGUGUGUUAAAUGAAGCAUUCAGGUGGACAAAGUCGCAACAGAUGUUUUAUUUGGCCGCGUCAAAAGUACGGAUGGGAAGAUUCUUCCCGACGUUGGACUGAAAAUUCAACAGGUUUCUAUUUUUUUUUUGUGAGAAAUCAAAAGCUUGAAAAGUUCUCAGAAAAUAAUGUAGCCAAAGAAAUAAGAGUUGCUUAUUUGAUGUUCUUCGAACAACCUAUAGGGAUGAGAAAAUGAUUUUUUUUUUCACGAUCUAUCAGCUCAAUGAUAAUUUAUAUGCAACUCCAGAUGCCUGUGAUUCUGAUUCCUGUUGAUUUCGAUCGUGACGAAGAGCUCAUAAAUUCAUAUCGACAUUCUGUCGUUCUGAGACCCUUCAUCACCUCAGAUUUUAUGACUGGAACAGCCGCAGUCCCAAAUCUUCAUUUGCCAGAAGAAGUGAGUUUUGGAAAAUGCAUGGCAUAAUUUCUACUAAUAACUAUUUGUUUCAGACAGUGCUGGAAAUGGCGAAACAAGUUGCUUGCAUUUCGUCGAUUUCGCGCGUCCUCCUCGACAUGACCAGCAAACCUCCGGGCACUACCGAGUGGGAAUAG